AUGUAAGAAUUUAUGGAAGAGUCAUUAUAACAAAAACCUAUCACAAAUGGAAAAUAAUACGAAUUAGAAAAAAUCAUAUGUCUUGAGAACUUAGAUAAGGUAUGAAUCUAUACUAUAAUUAGGAAAUUACUGAAAAUUAUUUAUUUUGUAAAUUUAAGGAAUUUGGAAAGGUUUGUAGGAUAAAGAUUUUAAAAGACUAAAAAACUAAACUUUCAACUGGUAAGGCAUUUAUAACAUUCUCCAAUCCAGAAUCAGCCAAUAAAGCAAUAGAAAUACAUUCAAAUAAAAUAUUCAUCAAAAACAUCAUCAAAAUUAAGUCUUUCUUUAGUUUUCGUAUUUUCAUGCACCAUCUACCUUAGAAUGCAGACAGUAAGGAAUUAUAACAAGAAUUUUCAAAAUAUUGUACUGUGUAAAAACUUGUUAUAAAUAAAGAUUAAAAUGGAAAGCAAUAAAGUUAUGGUUUUAUUUAAAUUGAAAAGAAGGAGGAUGGUAUAAACUUAAUCAAUAGAAGCUACAAAAAUCCUUUCAUUCAUAAAGGCAAAAUUUUAAAAUUAGAGCAAUAUUAUUAUGAACCAGAAAACAAAAUAGAAUCAGCAUCAGUAUACUUCAAAGACUUUGCACCUCCAUUGCCUUAACAUCUAAUUGCUCAAGAGAAAGCUAUCAGUUCAUUUGAAUAUGGAUGGUCAUUAAUAAUCAAAGAGUACUUAGAUGAUUAAGCGAAAGACUGUUAUGUUCAUAUAGAUCGAGUAACAAGACAACCAUGGGCAAAAAUAACAUUUCUAAAUAUUUAAUUUGCAGAAGACAACAUAACAAAGUGUAAUUAACUUAGAACACAUCCAUGCUUUAAUUCUAAUGCUUUAAAUGCACUUGAAUUAAUUAAAAAGUAUGGACCUCCUACCGAUUCUGAUGGUAGUUAAGCAUUUUAAAUUUAAGAAAUAGAAUAAUUUUUUGAAGAAAUGUAUAAAGAUCCAUUUGAUAUUUUUAAAGGUGAAAGUGAUAACUUUUUUUUCAAUCUGGUUUAGAGCAAAGAAGAUGAACCAGAUGUAAGAUUGCUCAUCAUCAAAAAUAUCUAAAAUAAUGUAACCAAAGAAUAAAUUUCUGAAUUUUUGGGAUAAUUUGGCAAAGUUAUUCGUCUAACAAUUAAAAUAAAUAAAGGUUAAAAUAUUUAAGUUUAAUAAUGCUUUGUUUAUUAUUAAACUUUAUAAGAUUCAUUAAGAGCACUUUCGGAAAUCUAUGAUGAUUCUAAUAGUAAAAGCUAAUAACAAAAAAAAGAAAUUUUUAAGGAUGGUCGAGUUGUAGCCAAGUUUUUAUUACCUAAAAAUUUUAAAAAAAGGCUUAUGGAAUUAUAAUAAAAAAGCUCAAAUCUCAUUGCUGAUACUAAUAUGUAAUUUUCUGAUUUAGAUGAACAUAUGUAAUUUUCUGAUUUAGAUGAACCUAAUUAAAACACUCAAUUAAAAUGA